AUUAAGAGUAUUAAGAUAAAACAUAAUUUUGUUAAAAUUGAACACAACAUAGAUCAAAACAUAAAUAAAAAAAAAUAUUAUUAAUUUAUAAUGUCUAGUAAAAUUUUCGCUAAAGUAAAUAAAGUUCAGUUUCAAGAUCAACAGUUAGACGACUAUGUUCUCGAGAAUUCUGUUAUCAAAAGUAAACUUCAAAGUAAAAUUGAUGCCCUCUCUAUUAUGACCAAAGAAUUGGAUAAAUGUAGUAUGGAAAGGGAUAGAUAUAAAUUGCUAGUUGAACAAUUGAAGUGCAAGAAAAGUGUUCAAGAAAAUUCAAACGGUCACGACAGAUUUGCACCAACUAAUACAAUAAGUGGCAGUGAAAUUUUGGCAAAAACAAAAGAGCAGAACAACAUGCUUAAGCUCGAGGUUGAAACACUGCAAAGCAAAUUAGAAGAGGCCAAUGGUGAUAUAUUGGCAUUAAGGAAACAAAUGCAAAAGGGACGAAGUUUUGAUGAGCAAAAUGAAUAUAAGGCCUUUUCCACGUCUAAAACGGAUUAUGAACAAUUGGUCCAAGAAUUGGAAAAAAUUAAAAAGAAGUAUCAGCAAAUACAACUUGAUUAUAGAGCUACGUUAGAUGAGAAAGAGGAGCUUGUAUCAGAUCGUGAUUACUACAAGAAUAAGGUUCAACGUUUGAAUCAGCAAAUAAGCUACAUUUUAUCUAAUAGAGUAAAGAUGCAAACAGACGAACAGGACAGUCCUAAACAAAUUGUUGAUAUUGAUGCAUUGAUAACUGAAAAUAAAUAUUUACAUGAAAGAAUAACGCAGUUGCAGGUCGAAAAAGAAAUUGUCAAAAGAACAUUAACUAAGUACAAGUUUCUGCUUGACAAUAGGAGUAAAAACGAACCGUUUAAUAUUAAAAAGGGAUUUGCAGAUGUAAUAACCCAAAAGCAAGUGCGAGAACUUUUGGAUAUAAACUCGAAGACAGGUUUAAAACGAACCUCGGCUGCAGAGCUCAAGUCCUUGUGUUUGGGACUAUUUGAAGCUUUAAAUGACAAAUCGAUUGCCCUCCAACAUCAAAGGAAAACUAAUCAAAUAUUAGCCAACAGGAUAACAGACUUGGAGAAAACUUUAGAGAAUUGGUGUAAUGGCCAAAAGUGUGUACCAAUUUUCCCAUCUCAAAUGUUAAUGGAAGAGUUUUUUAAUGAUUCGGGAUCAGUAAAAUCCGAUGAAUCCAAAGAUAAAUCCGAAAAGGAAAUAUAUGAAAAUAAUUAUAUUAACAAGAUCAAAUAUACAGAUAGUGACGAUGAGUUAAACAAAAGCAAAGAAGAUUUAUCUAGAUCGAAUUAUGAAAACGGGAGUGGAGAUCACAGAAGUUUAUCUUCAAAAAUAGUUCUGCCCCAAGAAUUAGAAGAUUUAGUUAAGGAAGCCCUCGCAGCAAUGAAAUCCGUACAGUGAUCUUUUAAAAAUAUGUUGGCAUUUUUCUGAUUUACGAGGUAUUUUAAUGAUAAACAAUUUGUUGGACUACUAUAUCAUGAAGAAAAUAUAACAUAUAUCAAAAUUAAAUAUACUAACUGUAGAAAUGGUAUUCAUGUUUCAAAUUUAAUAUUGUUACAAAUAAAAAAAUGAUGUCCGACAACAUGGAUAUCUAAUCGUUUUGUAGGUUCAAAUCCAAGAAAGCACUGCUGUGGAAUAAGCUACAAUCCUUCUAAACUGAAGAGUAGGCUAUCCCAGUUAGUCAUUUACUGGCUGUCACUUAUACUUAAGAUAAUAAGGUUAUUAAAAACCUAGGUAAAAGUUCACAAUUUGAAAAUUUUUUAGUCAUUUUUAUUAUAUGUUUGAAUAGUUAUUAAAUAUUUAAUAGGUACUGCACUUAUCACCAAAGAAUUAUUAUCAAAUGAAAACUAUUCUAGUCUACGUCUUUAUAAAAUAUAUCAUAUAUUUAUAAAAUCAAUUACAUAAAUUUAUGAAUAAUAUAUAUAAUUAUUAUACAUAUGAUAUACAUAA